AUGCUGCCGCUUCGACAGCGAGCCCUCACCGCCGCCCGGCGGUCACGGCCCACCGGCCUGCGGACCUCGCGAUCCUACGCCUCCGACAGCCACGGCCACGGCGACCACGGACACCACGCCCCCGCCGUCGAGGAGGGCAUCGGAGCUGCCUUCUACAUCGCCGUCGGCGCCAUCCCCGUCUCGAUGAUCGCCUACUCGAUGGCCCAGCCCGGCAAGGACGGCGAGCCCUCGAGCCUCACCAACGCCAUCAACAGCCUGUCAAACUUUGGCAAGGACUGGGAGACGAGGAACCACGUCCGUACGGUCGCCAUGGAGCAGGCUGCUCACGACAAGCACCUGCUCCUCUACGCUGGACGCAACCCGCACAUUGAGAUGAAGUACCCCGAGGCCAUCCAAGCCGGUUCACCCUUCAACGUCCCCGCCGGACACUACGCAAACAUGGACAAGGUUGUCGCCCACUACCGGCAACAACAUCUCGACGAGGAGGACAGGAAAGCGCAGCUGGCACAGAAGAAGGCGGAGGCGGCAUCCAAGGACAAUCUGCCUGUUCCGCUGAGCACAGGCGAAUCAGCGACGCGGGACGACGACGGUGACAUUGCCGUCAUCGUCAACAUCGGCAUGGACCGCAACCGGGUGACUGGCAAUCCGUCAUCGGGCCGCCCAGGACCCCCUCGCCCGGGACCAAGUCAUCAAUGGGAGGACGGCAGCGAUGCAUCCGACACCUUGGUUUCAUCUGUGGACGCGAGCAUCGAAGGCCCCAGGCCAAACACUACGACCACCAGAUCCAGGCUUACCAUGAUCGAAGUGCCGGAUGACGGCGACAACUCCCGCCUCCCACAGAUGCCCAACUGCGAAUUCCGGCAACUCGACCCGGAUACCAUAGACCGCCUCAUGGUACCUUCUCCACCAACAACGCUUUCGCGGGGCCUCCUUACUAUUGAGGCACGAGAACGACGCGAACGGGAACGGGAACUCCAAGCCAGGCUCUUUCCGGGUCAGCGGCAGGAACCCCCAGCCAGGCAGCCUUCUCCCGCUGACAUCAGUACCACCAUCUCUGACGAGUCGGCUGUGUCGCCUCGGUCGUCUCCGCCGCCGCGGUCGCCGCGGUCUCCGUCCAUCCCGGAUCUGCCCCUGCCGUCCUCUCCAGGGCCUGUCGUCAGCAUCAAGCUGAUCAACCAGGAUAUUGGGUUUGGCGUCUUUGCCCUCACGAGCUUCCGGAAGGGAGACGCCAUCUACGAGGAAGAUGUAGCUCUCGAGGCCACCCACGACACGCAUGUCAUCGGCAGACGCGACGUGGCCGAGGAAAUCAAGCGGCUCUUCAGACAUGACCAACCCAGGCUGCGCACCCUGUUCGCCGCCUUCCCGUACCUGGCCAACAUCUGGCUCCCCACUUCCAGCAACGACCUGUCCCUAGACCUCAUCCGUCUCCCCUCCCUCGUCCGGGGAAAGGGGCGCGUCGUCUGCCUGAUCGACCCGGGCGAGUGGCAGGCGCGCUUCGACGCCGGCGCGGCCCGCGUCCAGCGCGAGCGCCACUACAUGCCCUUUGUGCGCCGCACCUUCCACACCGACAUGCUGACGACGGACUGGUUCGGCCAGUACGCCUUCCGCCUCUCGCCCGCCGAGGUCUCGGACGCGCCGCACGGCGCCCACCACCGCGCGGCGCUCUACGCCGUGACGUGCCUCAUCAACCACCACUGCGCGCAGUUCAACUGCCGCGUCGUGGCGGAGCCCGGGCGCGUGCGCGUGCUGGCCCACCGCGACAUCGCCGCCGGCGAGGAGCUGCGCAUCAACUACCAGAAGGACGGGCGCGUGCGCGCCGGCGAGUUCAAGUGCGACUGCUGCGAGGCCGCGCCGGGCCGGCUGCGGCGGGCCGUGAGCAGGGCCAGGGCCAAGACCAGGGUGGACAAGUGCUCCCUGAUAUGA